CAGCUUGACUACAAAAGUAAAUUAACUUUACUUUGAAGGUCAGAAACGGAAGUUAUUUUUCAUUUACUAAAGAAAACUUAACCAAAUAUCAGAUAGUCAAUGAGCCUCUGUGUAUUGUGCGUCCAGUCUUCUUAUCCCGGCUGAAACAUAUAAAGCAGACGGUGUUACAAUGACACAGGUGGAGAGUCAGAGGUUUCUUUAAAGCGGCGUAAAGAUGGAGGACGACCUGGUGUCGGAGGAUGAUAUCCUGCUGGUGUCAGAGAAGGAGCUCCAUGAUGCUGCAAAGAGGAACGACACCGAAAAACUUCAGGAGCUGAUCAGGAAGGGUGUGGACGUCAAGGCCAGGAAUAAAGUUGAUCGGAAAGCUCUGCACUGGGCCGCAGGAGCUGGAAACGAACAGGCUCUACGACUCCUCCUGGACCAUGACACUGAAGUGGACGAGAAAGACUCUUUUGGAAUGAAUGCUCUGCUCCUGGCCUCCUGGUUCGGUCAUUUGAAGAUCCUGCAGGUCCUGGUGUCCUGUGGAGCAAAGCUCAACUGUGAAAACAAAGACGGUCUCAGCAUGCUGCACUGUGCUGCUCAGCGAGGUCACAUCAGCGUACUGGAGUUCAUCAUGGAGGACCUGGAGGAUGUCUGUCUUGACAGGGUGGACAAGUUAGGGAAGACAGCUCUUCACCUGGCUGCUGAACACGGACAGUCUGAAGUGGUGGAGUUUCUGAUUGGAAUGGGUUGCACUCAUGCUUUGAAGGACAAGGAAGAGAACACGGCCGUGCAUCUAGCAGCCAAGUUUGGGCACACAGACGUCCUGCAGAAGAUCAUCGAGACGGGAGUGGACGUGGAUGAGAGAAACAUAGAUGGUCUCACAGCUUUGCAUCAUGCAUCUGAUGGAGGUCACUGGGAAUGUAUCAAACUGCUGCUGGAGUCCGACUGUGAUAUCAACACACAGACUAACAAGAACAUGACUGCUCUCCAUUACGUGGCCCAGCAUGGCUUCGACAGAGAAGCCCACUUGCUGCUGGAGACAGGGAUCAAUAUAGAUGCUGUAAACAAUCAACUCAACACAGCGCUGCACCUCGCUGUGCUCGGCAAUCACACAGAGGUCGUGCGUCAGCUGAUAGAAGCCGACUGUGACCUGGACAUCACUGACAGUAGACAACAGAGCGCUCUGCACAUAGCAGCAGAACACGGCUGGCAGGACCUGGCUGAGAUGAUCCUCAUCUCUGGUGUUAACCUCACUCUGACAGACAAGCAGGGGAAAACGUGUCUGGAGGUGGCAGCAAGAGGAAACCACAUCAUCCUGGUCGACAUGAUCAUCAAAGCUGAUCGUUUUUAUAAAUGGGAGAAGGAUCAAUUGGGCAGUGGGCAGGACUCCUGGGUGGGGAGAAAUCUGAGCUUUAAGCAGGACCACCAGCCGGAGACACAGCACAUCCGCUCGGUCCUGUGGAGCCUGGCCACCAAGCACCUGUGCCGGGGGGAGUGGAAGAUUCUAGCACAACACUGGGAGUUCAGCGAUGCUCAUAUACGAGCUAUAGAACAACAAUGGACGGGUAUGAAAAGCUACAAAGAGCACGGUCACAGGAUGCUGUUGAUCUGGCUUCAUGGAGUCGUGAUGGCGGGAAAGAACCCAAUCAAAGGCCUCUACGAGGGGCUGGUGGAAAUCUCACGGACGGACUUGGCAGAGAACAUCCGGCAGAAAGCAAAUGCAGAGACCAGCUCGACCAAAAUGUGCACUGCCAUGUGAUCAUCACACUAUCAUUUCUGUCGUUUUCUCAAGAUCUCGUUAUCACGGGAAGACCAGCGUUGUAUUCUCAACAUACUGACAUACAAAAGUCGAGAUCUCAAGAACACAACCGCACAUUACUUAUCACGGGAAUACAGAGUUCCAGGCUCAUUAUCAUGAAAUAUACAGUUGACAGCAAGUUAUGUAUUCAUAUUAAGAGACCUCCAUGACCAUCAAAGUCUAAAAAUGAGAGGAGUGCUCUGCUGUCCAAAACAACCGUUAACUUUUCACAUGUUUUAUUCAUUCAUACAUUUGUCUUGUGGGAAAAUGUGUGUAGGGUGCAGAGCGUCGUCAUCCUCCACCACUUUGAAUGGAAGCUGUUAACGACCGUCUCCGUGAAGGCCUCAAUCAUCUCCUGCUUUCUGAACACUGGGACACAGUAUAAAUGUUAAAUGUGUUAAUCAUAAAAAUGAUCACACUCACUGAUGCUGGUGGAACCUGUGAAUAAAUUUAACAUAUACACUGAGUGACAUGCAGAGAAGGAAAUCGAUUAAAUGAAGCAAUAAUCUCUUUUUAUAUAUUAGAUGUACUUGAUGUAUAUGUACUCUUUUAAAAAUGUCUGGUUUCACUUCAUAACCAAGUUUUUAUCCCACUUGAUUCACAUUUUUAUGAUGAUUAUUAUGUCUUUUUAAAAUUGAUUUAAUAUGGAACUUUCUACUCUUUUUUUACACUGUUCUCAGUCUGUUUUAGUCAUCCAGAGUUGUGGACUUAUCCUGAUGUUUUCCUGAUAGUAGCUUUAAAUAUGAUCCCUCUGUGGGCGGCAGUAGCUCAGUCGGUAGAGGCUUGGGUUGGGAAUCGGAGGUUCGCCGGUUUAAGUCCCCGGGCAGACCAAAUCUGGAAAAUGGUCUGGUAGCUGGAGAGGUUCCAGUUCACUUCCUGAACACUGCUUAGAUGCCCUUGAGCCAGGCCAUGCACCCCCCCUCCCCCACUAGACCAGUAGCGCAGGCUGUGGACAACCCCCUCACUCGGACAUGUCUCCAUUAGUGCACGUCCAACAGAGUGUAAAAUUGAAUUUCCCCUUGCAGGAUUAAUAUAUAGGAUAUCGUCUUCUUCUUACUCUCACUUCUGCUCAGAAUGCAGAGGAUCACUCAGCUGCAGCUCACACUCUGUAGACAACUCAGACUGAAUCAUUUCACCACAGAAACGCACACAGAAACUUGCAGGUACACUUACCAGCGUCUUCAUUAUGCUUCAUGAUGUCAUAUGCGUUGACGUCAGGGUCUAAACUGUUGUUGACGAUGGUAUCUUCCCUGUCUUUGAAGGCAGCCGUACUUCGAGCUCUGCACUCUGUCUUUGUGGCCUUAAAGAAAUCUGUGUUUUGUUUCCAUCACGUCAGAUCUUCAUUCAGUCUGGCCAUCAUUGUUUGAAUAGAGAGAGCAGUAAUAUAAGCAGAUCGACCUCAGUUGAUCUAAAGCUCAAGU